UGCGCAAGCGACGGUCGUCGGUCAGCGAUCUAGUCGAGCGCAUCUCUCUUAACAACGCGGUUCAUUUCCGUUUAAAUUUAGAAUGUUUUCUUUUUGAAUUAAUGUUUAAGCUGUUUUUUAUUUAACUAUUAAUCUGUUAGACUGAAUCGAAGCGUUCUUUUAUCAAAGAAUAUUUAUGCCGCUAAAUUUAUUAAAAAAAGAUUGUCAUGUACUGCUUGUUUAGAAUCAGUUUAGUAAUAAACUUGCGUGUAAAAUGAUUAAAAGUUUUCUAUUGUGCUUUGAAUACGAUACAAAGAAAUUGAAAAUAAAUUGUGAUAUAAGUGUCUUGGACGAGUGUUUACAAAAAAACAGGUAAACAAGACGUGACAAUGUGUUGGUUUAUCGUAUUGUUUAUAUUACCGGCGCAGGCGAAUUUCAUCGAAACACCGCAAAAUAUUACGAGUUCACCAUGUUCGGACCGGUACCAUCUUUUCCUGGCGCCAGGCGUGCUUACAGCUGGCGGCACAAGCAGGACUUGUAUAUCUCGGUUCUACCCGGAAGGUUCAGCGCGAAUGGUCCUGACAUUGGUCACAGAGGACGGCGAGAGGUCGAGCGCGACCAGGGAUUUGCCGCCUGGAGACGGAGGCUGUCUUGAUAUUUCGGUGCCAGAAAAACCAAACAGCAGAGCAGAACUCAGUGUUAAUAUACGGUACCCCGAAGCAAAAUGUUCUUGGGACCGCCGUAUAUCCCUGCGGAUAGCGAGCGGCAAGAUAGUGGUCGUCCACACCGACCGCGCGAGGUACCGACCCGGAGACUUGGUGAGGAUUCGAGCCAUCGUGCUCAAAGCGGACCUGACUCCUGCACAUUCUAACUUCGAGGAGAUCUGGGUGUCGGGCCCGGGCGGCGCGUGGGGCGGCGCGUGGGCCGACGCGCCGGCGUGGCGCUGGGCGCGCGUGCGCAGCCGCCUGGGCGUGGCGCAGGCGCAGGCGCGCCUCGACGCCGCCGCGCCGCCCGGCCGCUGGACGCUGCGCGCGCGCCUCGCCGACGGCGCGCUGGGAUCUACAUCAUUCUUGGUCGGUAACUACGAACUGCCGCCAUUCCAACUGACAGUUCGUCACGCACCCAGAAUCUUGAGAACGAGCGAGAGACUCGCCUGGACCGUGUGUGUGAGAUACCCGUGGUCAGAAGCAGUGGAAGGCAUGUUGGUCAUCCGUCUCCGCGGAGUGGGAGGUUCCGGUGAAGGCACUGGCGGCAUCCGAACCGCAGUUCGCCUGAAGGCGCCCCGAGCGUGUCACAGGCACGCGGCUGCGUCUAAGCGCAUAGGUCUGGAUGGAGACAGUUCCCCUGACGUUGUUGUCGCUGACUUCUCUUUUCAAGAGGAGGGUACGAGAAUAUGGCAGAACACGACCGUGGUGUCCCAUGUGGUAGACGAUCCGGUCACCUUGGAGUUCCUCACAAAGCACAGAGUUGUUAUAUCACCUGGACUACCUUACAAAAUCAAAGUCAAAGCUACCCGCUGGGACGACAAGCCCGCGGCGAACGAGAGCGUGCGCCUGUGCUGGUCCGCGGCGCACACUCUCGACGAGGAGUUCAACUCCAGCAGCGCCUCGUGCGUGGAUUCCGCCACCGAUGGGAAAGGCAUCGCGAGGGUCAUGUUCACAGCUGAUGAUGAUGGCAGUCCAUAUUACAUUUUCCAGGCGCAGGCGGGCGCGGCGUCGGCGCGGCUGCGCGCGCGCACGGCGGGCGGCGGCGCGCGCGCGGCGCUGGGCGCGCUGGCGGCGGGCCGCGCGCGCACGCUGCUGCCGCUCUACGUCGCGCUGCCGCUGCGCGCCGCCGCGCUCACCGUGCACUUCGUGGUCAUCACCCGCGGAGGGAUCAUAUACCGCUGGGGUGCUACCACCCAAUGCCCGAUCACCAGCACCACCGACCCGAUCCAGACGUCACCUCGUAACAGCCCCUGCCCCAAUACCAACCAGGUGAAGCUCGACAAAAUCUUCGAGAAGAAUCUAGAUGCGAGGAACUCUUCUGAGCUAGACGCUCUCAUGGAUAGACACUUGUCGAAGAUAAUGCUGCCGAUUAAAGUGUCCCACCAGAUGUGCCCCGACAGCCACUUGGUGGCGUAUUUCUAUUACAACAACGAGUUGAUCACUGCCAGUAAACAUUUCGAAUUGGAAGAAUGUUUUGCCAACAAGGUGGAGGCUCGCUGGGCGUCUCGCCACGUGGCCCCCGGCUCGCUGUCCACCCUCCACGUGCAGACCCCGGGGCCCGCGCUGUGCGCGCUCAGCGUGCUGGAGGCGGGCCUGGGGGGGGAGGGGGGCGCGGGGAUCGUGCGUGGGAGCAUACUUGCGGCUCUACGGGUGUUGGUGGACGCGAAUAGGAACCUUACGGAGCACGACGCGGCUGGGGAAUGUUUCCUGACAUCAGACACGCCCGAGCUGCCCACAUCGAGCAUAGAAUUCAUGUCCUCGUGGCUGUCGUCUGCUGGAGUCAGACUGCUCGGUGGUGACAAUAUCGUGAGACACUGCGGCGCCUCUCCGGCGAGACUCGUAACUGAAGACGUGAUGGUGCCGAGGAGCGAUUUCUCUGAGUCAUGGCUUUGGCGCCUCGUGGGCGUGGGUGCCAACGGCUCAGUAGUGGUGACCGCCCGUGCGCCCGACUCCAUCACGCGGUACGAAGCCACGGCUGUCUGUCUUGCGAAGAGUGGUAUCGCAAUAUCUGAACCUGCUGUGUUACAGGUGUUCCGCGAGUUCUUCAUCCACGCCAGCAGUCCCCAGAGAAUGAAACGGGGAGACUCCAUCAUCGUUCCGUACCGCAUCUUCAACUACCUCUACGAUCCUCUCAACAUCGAGGUGGAGAUCGUGGCGGAGCGCCCGCUGGCGGCGGCCGAGGGCGCGGAGCGCGUGUGCGUGGCCCCGCGGGCGGCGAGCGCGCGGCGCGUGUGGCUGCGCGCGCGCGGCGCGGGCCCCGCGCGCCUGCGCCUGCGCGCGCGCACCGCGCCGCCCGCCGGCCCCGCCGGCCCCGCCAGUGACGAGGUGAUAAUCCGUAUCGAGGUGGACCCUGAAGGUGUACCGGUGCAAGAACAUCACUCCGCCCUGCUUUGUGGUCAAGAUAGUCAAAAUUUCACAAGCAUGCCUGAAAUAUCGUGGUCCUGGCCCGAGGUUCAAGCCGUGGCUGGCACAGAAUCUGUGACCGUCUGGGCAACUGGAGACACCUUCGGACCAUUACUUGCUGAUGCUGAUGGCCUUGUUCAGCUCCCACGCGGCUGUGGAGAGCAAAACAUGGCGCGACUCGCUACUAAUCUGCUGGCUCUGAAGAUGAUGACACCUGGCCACGGAACCCUAACCGCCAAGGACCAUGUCGCGAGAGGUGUGACGCGCCAGCUGCAAUACGCACACCCAGAGGGGGGGUUCAGCGCCUUCGGCACCGCAGACCCGGAACCUUCCGCCUGGCUCACCGCUUUCUGUCUAAGAUAUCUUCGACGGGCUUAUGAGGUAAUAUCUGGCAAGGCUCCCGUCCCCCCGGUGAUAACACACUCGGAGCGCUGGCUGGCGAGUCGCCAGAUGGAGAACGGCUGCUUCCGGCCCGACGGACACGUGUUCCACCACGAGCUGCAGGGCGGUCUGAACGAAGAUGGCGAAAUAUCGAACGUCGCUCUAACAGCUUACAUCAUCAUCGCUCUACUCGACAGUACUUCUCCUCUUCCCCCCAAACUCAUAAAGAACUCCCUCUCCUGUCUCCGAGCCUUACCACCCUCGAAAUCGAACACCCCCAACCCGUCCCGGAUCUACGCCCACUCGAUAAUAACGUACGCGUUCAUGAGGCUGCGGAGAUACGAGGAGUCGAGGAGCAACGAGGCGGGCGAGGAGGAGGGACUGAAGGAGGACGAGGAAUUGCAGGUGCUCACGGAGUUUCUUAGCAUGGCGAAACGCAGCGGAGAGUACAUGUGGUGGGAUACCGGCAGCGCGGCGACGUCGGUGGAGGCGUCGGGCUACGCGCUGCAGGCGCUGGCGCAGUGCGGCCCCGCGCGCCGCGGCCGCUGCGCGCGCGCCGUGCCGCCCGCCGCGCGCUGGCUGGCCGCGCAGCGCCGCGCCGCCGGCGGGUUCGUGGCCACGCAGGACACUCUCGUAGCGCUCGAGGGCUUGGCUCGCUGGCGAGAUCUCCUCCCGUCGCCCUCCAACGUGACGGUCGGCAUCCGCAGCGGGUCGCGCUCAGAUGCGCUGCAGCUGACCGCCGACUCCACCGUGCCGAAACUCUUGAAGUUGCCGGCCAGCCAGCAGAUCAGCGUGGCAGUCGAAGGCCCCGGCUGCGCGCUGGUGCAGGCGACGCGCACGUACCACAGCGUGACGGCGCCGGGCUCGCGCGGCACCGUGCGCGUGCGCGUGCGGCCGCGAGGGGCCUUCCACUGCGCGCAGGGGGCCUGCUACUGCGCCGCGCUCUUACAGGUGUGCGUGAUGUGGACGGACUCCUUCCCCCCCAUGUCCCUGCUGGAGGUGUCCCUCCCCAGCGGAUACGCGCCAGACGCGGAACGUCUCUACGCGCAGCUCACUGACCACACGCUUCUCCGUCGCAUAGAACUGUCUCCAAACAGCGGUAAGGUGAGUAUGUACCUCGGCUCGCGGGACGGUAGCGAGACUGUGUCACGCAUCGGCCGGCAGUGCAUCGACAUACACGUGGUGGGACCCAAGGCGCGGACCAAGCCCGCGUACGUCAAGAUUAUUGACUAUUACAGACCUGAUAUUAAAGACACGCAGAUGUAUACAAUCCCAGAAGACUGUCCCUCGGAAAUAUCAGAAAGCACAAACAACUACCACGCGUCAGAUAAUCUAUUCAACGAAGCUCGGUCGCUCACGGACAGCGGAGAAAUAGUCAUCUCACAUGAAUACUCUUUCGAAGAUCUACCAGAAGGGAUCCCGCUUGAGGAUCCGAUGUUUGAGAACCUUGUAAAAAAGAAUGACUACAAUAUAAUUAAUGAUAUUAGAAACGAAAACUCUAAACAAAAAAAGGUAAUUGAAGCUAGAAAAGAAAGUACAAAUACAAAAACUGAUGAUAGUGCGACUGGAGAAACAACUGGUGUGAUUAAAAAUGCAGAAGAAAACGUCGAAAGAGAUACAACUAAAGAAACAGAUACUGAAGACAAGCACGCAUUUACAAGAGAAGAAUCCAAAGAAAUCACUGAAGUUGAAGCUGCAAAUGUAACCGGUGUUAAAGAAGAAUUGAAACAAGAAUUACCUGAUAAGAAUUUAUCUAUUAUGAAUCCCUCUCUAUCGACUUUUCAUGUGAUAGAUUCGGAGAAAGAUCUAGAAUUUCCGACGGGUAUAGAAGGGCCGAUUCCCGCGGUAAUAUUACCGCCUAAGAAUUUUGUUGUUCCAUCGGAAACAGAUCAGCAAACCCACUUACAAACGAACUGGAGGUCGUCCCCCGCCGUAUUCUACGAUCACGAAUAUUACCACCAAAAAUAUCAUACGAAAAACAAAGCCGAUGCUAUUGCCACUUGAUAAAUCUAAAACAAAUUAGUUAUUUUGAAGCAUUUAUACUAAAAUACCUCCAGCGUUAGUUGUAAGGAAUUAUUCUUAAUAAAUAAGACUGAAAACAUUUUGUAGCCCAAGACUUUCCAAUCAAUAGGCCGUUAUAUCUUCCAAAUUAAGAGGAAGAAGUUUUUUUUUUUUUGGCCUGUCUAAAGCGCUUGAAGCGGGGCCGGCCUAUACCAUCUAAGCGUUUGGACAAGCAUCCUGCUCCCUUUAAAAUUCGACCAGAAAUGGACUGAGCUGCAAAUGCCGGAUGGCUUCAGGGCUGUCUUUGACCUUUCCAGGGUAGAAUUAGAAUCGAGAACGAUUUUUUUCUUCUACCUAGCAUUUUUGCAGCGUGAUCGAGGAUCGACUCUAACGAUAUGCGGAAGGAACAGUAUUGAAGGUAUACAGCAUGAGAGGAAGUGAUAAAAUAUUUGUAUAGACCAGAGGACCGGAAAGGCUUGGCACAUAUUAGGUUGGUAAUCUCUGGUAUAGUCCACUUAGCUCACUACAAGGCAACCCAGGUGCUGGUUGCGCUGCCAGUCAGUAACUAAGCGUGAUAGAAAUUAAUGAUUAUAGCAUUUAAGUUAAUUUAUUGUUUGUAAUUAGGAUUAAAUGUUAACGGCGAAAAAUUAUGGGCUGUGAGUAAAAAUUUUAAACAUGACUUAAUGUUUUAUCGGCGGAAGUUUUGGAGAUAACACAAAUUUAUAAUAAAAUCUAUAAAUAUAUUGUUCAAAAACAAAUAAAGUUAUAUCAAUACUAAA